AUGUCGUCCAUCACGUCACUAUUGCCGGCGACGGCAACCUCGUUAGCCGCGCCGACUUCCACGGGAGGCAACAGAGCUACUCCCCAGGGCGGUGUUAUUGAGGGUGCAAACCCAUCCCAUUAUAACCCCAAAGAUCCUAUUACUAUCUUUAUUAUUCAGGCCGGCUUGAUCAUUAUCGUCUGUCACCUUCUUCACUGGCCGCUGUCCAAAAUCCGACAACCUCGAGUGAUUGCUGAGGUAAUUGGCGGCAUUAUACUUGGCCCUUCAGUUAUGGGCCGCAUACCCGGUUUUCGAAAUGCCAUAUUCCCGACAGACUCGAUCCCAAAUCUUACGCUCGUUGCCAACCUUGGUCUUGUGUUGUACCUAUUCCUUAUUGGUCUGGAGACCGACGUACGCUUCCUUGUCAGCAACUGGCGCGUAGCAACAUCAGUUGCUUUCGCUGGGUUAGCGUUACCUUUCGCACUGGGAUGUGCCCUUGCUUGGGGCCUGUACAACCAGUUUGCUGGUGACGAGGGCGUCAUGCACAUUAACUUUAGCAUAUACAUGCUCUUCAUUGGUGUUGCUAUUGCAAUUACAGCUUUUCCUGUCCUCUGCAGAAUUUUGACCGAAUUGAAGCUGCUUGACACAACAGUAGGUGUCAUUGUGCUUUCGGCCGGUGUAGCUAACGACGUUGUCGGGUGGAUCCUGCUUGCACUUUGCGUUGCCCUCGCCAACGCAGGCACUGGCCUCUCAGCCUUGUGGAUUCUUCUGGCCUGUGUCGGGUACAUGCUCUUUCUUCUGUACGCAGUCAGGCCCAUUCUCAUAUGGUUUUUGCGUCGGUCUGGUAGCAUUGAAAACGGACCUUCGCAGAGUAUGAUCGCGCUGAUUUUGCUGAUCGCCCUUGCCUCUGCUUUCUUCACUGGUAUUAUCGGUGUUCAUGCUAUUUUCGGAGGUUUCAUGGUCGGACUCAUUUUGCCACGCGAGAAUGGCUUUGCCAUUAAAGUCACUGAGAAACUGGAAGACUUGAUCGGUGCCCUCUUUUUACCCCUAUACUUCACUUUGUCUGGUUUGAACACGAAUCUAGGAUUACUGGAUAGUGGGAUUACUUGGGGUUACGUUUUUGCAGUGACUUUAACCGCCUUCUUCACCAAAAUCAUUGGCGCUACCAUUGCUGCUCGGCUGAAUGGGUUGGUUUGGAGGGAGUCUUUUUCCAUUGGGGCCUUGAUGAGUUGUAAAGGUCUCGUGGAGCUGAUCGUAUUGAACAUCGGGCUGCAAGCCAAGAUUCUCAGCACAAGAACGUUUACUAUUUUUGUCGUUAUGGCUCUUCUGACAACCUUCAUAACCACCCCCUUAACCUCCUAUCUAUACCCCCCUUGGUAUCAGAAGAAACUCGAAGCAUGGAAGCGCGGCGAAAUUGACUGGGAUACCGGCGAGGCCAUUCCUGGCCGCAGCACUGGUGACGAAACAGAGCCUAGCAAGCCAACCAGUGAUCGCGUUCGACGCCUAUUGGUGUAUCUCCGACUAGACAAUAUGCCGGCGUUGCUAAAUUUGGUGUCGCUCUUUGGGAAGCAGGCAGCGCCUGACAAUCAGCACAGCUGCAGCAGUGAGGACAAAGACGGUCUUCAUUCUGAAACAGUUGCGAUUGGGCCGUAUUCAAAGGAUGCACAAGCUGUACGAGCUCAUGGUUUCCGUCUGCUGCAUUUAACGGACCGUGAUUCAUCUGUUAUGACCGUGUCUCAAGUGGCCGAGUUUACUCGAAAUGACCCUGUUGUCAAUAUAUUCCGUACUGUUGGUCAGUUUCUGAAGGUUGCAGUCUCUGGCGAGGUGUCUAUUAUGCCUGAGACUCGAUUUGCGGAAGCACUUCUGUCAAAGUCUUCGGACAUAUCAUCAGACCUUCUGCUGGUUCCUUGGAGUGAAAGCGGCAGCUUGGUAGACUCGCAAGUUUCUCCAGCUGACGGAGUUAACAACAAGCUGGCGGCGGCUUAUACGGGAUUUGCCAAGUCCCUCUUCGCAUCGGUGGAGCAUAAUAUUGGUAUCUUCUUCCCCAACAUGCUUCCGAUACCAAACGAUUCCGGACUUGAACGCACCAAGCUCAUGCGAGCUUACUCGUUUAGCGACAUUCACCAAGACAUUCCAUCGAUUCCAGUUACGCACAAAUCCCACCAUAUUUUCUUACCUUACUUUGGCGGUAGGGACGAUAGGUUUGCCCUUGCCUUGGUGCUACAACUUUGCGAGAAGCAGAAUGCCACGGCGACCGUGGUCCACUAUACGUCAUCGAAUGGGGAGGAGUCUCAACAUCAGGACACUGAUUAUUUUGGCUUUGUUUCUACACACGUUCCGACCGCCGUCGGCUCACGUGUCAAAUUCGAGAAGUCAUCCGCCAGCGAUAUCAUUAAUGCUGCUCUAACUCAAGCAACAUCGGGUAUUCGGGUGGAUUCAAAGGAUGUCUCCUGGCACAAUCUCGUUGUCCUGGGUCGUCACGGUUCUGCGAAGCCUUCAGAAAGCCAUACCUCUGUGAGAGUGCCCGAAGAGGUCAGAGAAUCUCUUGGUCUGGCUGCAGGCGUAUUUAUCACGUCUGGUAUCAAAGCAAAUAUGCUGGUGGUUCAGGCCAAGGCCUCAUUCCCUUGA